AUGACGGCAAGCGCAUAUCUUUCAGUCCUCGCCGCUAUGCUCGCUCUAGCGGUGGGAGCGGUCUACAUGUUCGGCGUUCCUCCUCAGUGGAAGCGCGCUAUGGAGGAGAAGGCUCUCGAAACCAUGGGCGAGAACAAGGCCUCUUAUCUGGUCAAGGAUCAAAUCAACAGUCUCCCAGCAACAGACCAAAAGGACGUCAACCAGCUCAAGUCGGGAGUCGGAAAUCUCGUCGGAGGAGCCCUACAGAAUCCACUGGGCAAGGAAGCUGGGAACGUUGGGGAUACAAUCACUAGUCCUCUGACUGGUCGUUGA